AAAGACAGCAGCAGAAAAGAAAAGAAAAGAGAGGAGAAGGAGGAAAGACCGGCUGUUUUGCUAUAAAAGGGUCGUUUCUCCUCAAUUUCAUUCUCUCUCCAAUCGGCUGUUCUGUAAAAAACAAGUUCUGAAAUACCGGUGAGUAGAAAACAGCCAAUCGUCUCUCUCUCAUUACUCUCAGUUGCAGAAGCUGUGAUUGAUGUUCUGAAACCCAUCUCUCUCGUAAACUCGGACACAGACACCUUUCGUUUGGUUUUGGGUUUUGAAAGGAAGAAAAGGAGAAUGGCGAGAGAGAAAAUUCAGAUAAAGAAGAUCGACAACGUAACGGCUCGGCAGGUGACAUUCUCGAAGAGGAGAAGAGGGCUUUUCAAGAAGGCCGAGGAGCUCUCUAUCCUCUGCGAUGCUGAGGUCGCUCUCGUCAUCUUCUCUGCCACCGGAAAGCUCUUUGAGUACUCCAGCUCUAGUAUGAAGGAGAUCAUCGAAAGGCAUACCAUGCAUUCCAAAAACCUUCAGAAACUGGAUCAGCAACCAUCUCUUGAGUUGCAACUAGAAAAUAGUAACUAUAACAGGUUGAGCAAGCAAGUUGCAGAUAAAAGCCAUCUAAUCAGGCAGAUGAGGGGAGAAGACAUUCAAGGAUUGACACUGGAAGAGUUGCAGAAACUGGAGAAAACCCUCGAAACAGGACUAAGUCGCGUGAUGGAACGGAAGGGUGAACAAAUCAUGAAAGAGAUCAGUGGUCUGCAAAUAAAGGGAGUUAAAUUGAUGGAAGAGAACAUGCGACUUAGACAACGAAUUAUAGAAAUGUCUAAAGGUGACUCUAAAGGUGACAGGCAGAUAAUAGAAUCAGAGAUUGUUGUGAACGAAGAUGGCCAGUCGUCGGAUUCAGUCACAAAUGCAUGCAACUCUGGCGCUCCUCAAGAUUACGAGAGCUCUGAUACAUCUCUUAAGUUGGGGUUACCAUUCUCCAGCUAAAACGCCAAGGAAGAUGUUGGCUCUUGAGAGGGAAGAAGGGUGUAUUUUGGGUGAUCGCAGCAGUGGAAUAUAAAAUGAAAAACCAUAUGUACUCGUGCAUCUUAUAAUAACCCAGCUCAAGGAAACUGUUGAACCCGUUGGAUCAA